AGAAAGAGAUAAGACAAGUACAGAUACAGAGAGAGAGAAAGAGAAGCCAUUCAAUUCAAUCGUAGGGAAUUAUGUUGAAGAGCAGUUUGGGUGAUUGUAAUGGUAAUCGUGGUGGACGAGGCUUUACCUCCGGUACAAACACUAAUGCUACCUUGGAACACUACUGUUAUCAAAGAGCUUUUUUUCUUUCUAAGAAGAAAAUUCACUCCAUUUCUUGCAGCUUCACUGCAUCCCCAUCCCCAUCUCCUUCCCCUUCCCCUCGGUCUCGGAUCGCACCCUUAACAGCUGAUGAUUUAAUUAGUAGAACCCACAAACCGGAGAAAGAAUUAAAAAGAGUAUCUGAAAACGAGAUGACGACGAUGAAGCCCGUCAUUCAAAAGGGGGAUGUUGUUUGUUUGGCAGACCUCCUCUUCACCAGAAACCGAGAUUCCCUAGUUAAAAAUAACAAUCAACAGGUUAAAGCUGAGCAAUUGGCAGGAAAGGUCGUUGUGAUCUUUUUUGUGCCACUAUACGGUUUUUCUGAUAGCCUGACUUGGUGCACUGAAUUGUUGAAGGAGAUUUACCAUGAUUCUAGACUUAACAAUACUUUUGAGGUCGUUUUUGUCGCUUUUCUUGGUGGUCGUGCUCCCUUUGAUGGAAAUAAACUAUGCCAUCUUCAACCACCCGAGUGUUUUCAUGAUAUUUUUUCUAGCAUGCCAUGGACUGCCAUUCCGUUCUCUGAUAUAGCAUCCAGGGAGUCUCUGCAAAGAAGAUUCGGUGUUCCCGAUACUACAUUUAUACCUAAGAUCUUUGUCAUUGAUUCAACUGGCAGGGUUGUGCAAGAUAAUUGGUUAUUUAUUGAUCAUUAUGGAGCCUCAGGCUAUCCUUACAGCGACGAAAGGAUAAAUUUUCUCAAGGGAGAAGAUGAAGCAGUCGCUGAGCAGCCUUCCUUGAAAGCCCUCCUGACCUCCCCUCAACGUGAUUACGUCAUCUCAAAUCAAGGACAGAAGGUACCUAUCCAUAUCCUUGAAGAUAAAGAGGUAAUCCUAUAUUUUUACAGAGAAGGUAGAACAGACGACAGACUCACUGAACAACUUAAGACAGCUUAUGAAAAGUCAGCGGUCGAGCAAGAUUUUGAGAUUGUGCUCAUUUAUAGCGACCCGCUGAUGAUUUCGAAUGAAGAAACAUUCCGGAAGAAGUUUAAGACUAUGCCUUGGUUGGCAAUCCCAUUCAGAGACCCGAAUAUUAGAAAGUUGGACCGGAUUUUUGAGUACCCGAAUAUUGAGAAGUUGAAGCAGUUUUUCAACCACUGUUCUGAUCCUCAUCUUAGCGACCCACCCGAGGUUGUGAUUUUUGGGCAUCAUGGUGAAUUUUUCGAACCAUUUGGCAAAGAGAUCUUGUUGCAAUAUGGGACUAAAGCAAGCCCAUUCACCCGCAAGGUAGCUGCAAAGUUAGAGACAGAAAAGGUGAAGGAACUGACGCUGGAGAUGCUAUGUUUUAUAUACACGGUCUUCAGAAGGAAAGAUGGGUCUGAGGUUCCUUUCUCUGAACUUGCUGGGAAGCGAGUUAUCCUCUUUUAUGAAAAAUCAGGUGAGAAUUGCCCGCGGGAUGGCGACUGCCAGUGCCAAAUCGUCGGAUUCCUGAAGAUGUUAAAAGAAAAGUAUCUCCAGAUGAAGGGUACUGAUGAGGAGUUUGAAGUGAUCCACAUAGUGGACAAGAAUGAAGGGGGAAACCCAAAUUUAUUUAUGCGCCGUAAUGGUUUCAAAACGGAAUCUUUUGCGAGUGUGCACAUUAGAGAUUUCCCUUGGUUGGUAUCACUUAAAAACAACCAGUUACCUGCUAGUUUUGGUACCUAUAUAUAUCUUGAUGGGGAUGUGCGUUUUUUGUUUCCUUUGCUUGAAAAUCCAUGUCUAAUUCUUGCUUUUGAUCAAGAUGCAAGACUUGUGAGAAGGACAUUUUAUCCUACACUCGAGGAUACAAACUUUCCCUUCAAAAUAGCUCAAUUUCCAUUUUUUAGAAGUAUAGAACUAUAGUUCUUUUCUGGUCGAGCUAGUCAAUGCAAGAUUUUUUAUCCAUGA